AUGAAACCUUACAGUUGUCUCGUACAUAUUAACUUAAAACAUAGUAGUGCGUCAGAUCGAGUUAGAAACAUGUCUACAUGGAAAACUUCCACGUCGUCCAUAAAACCGAGAAAUAAAAAUAUAACUAUAAAUACAAUCACCUUUUUUACAAAUAUUAUAUAUUUAUCCCUUUUAUUGUGCAUAUUCCAAGGAUCUUUCGACUACAGGGACGUAAAUAAAUUCUCUACCAAAUAUACAAAAAAAUUUAAUGGUAAAGCGACAGGUAUCACAUUUAAGAGAAAUCUGGCCCAAGAUUACUAUGACAAUGUACCUGAAGUGCCAGAGGAAAAUGUAUUAGAACCAGAUGAUGCAACCACAGAGACUGUUGAAUUUCAUAACUCCAGUUACCCCCUUGAAGAAGAUGAACUUGAUGAUAGUGAAAAUUUAGAUGAACUUAUUGAAGCAUGCGAAAAAGAAUUUGAAGAUAUUCUUAUAGAUAUUACAGACCAGUUUGUAGAAUUUACAGACGAUAUGAAUCAUUACUGGUGUGAUAAAAUGUGGGAAAUUGUAUGGUGUAAAUACGCGGAUAAUGUGUACACUAGUGUGAUGAAAAACCUCCAAGACCCAAAACUUUCUUUAAAUGAAAAAAAAAAUAUUUUCAAAUUUUUGAUGGAAUGGUUUAGGAAAGAUUUCAAGUGCUUCUUGAAAUUGAUUAAGGAAGAAUGGGAUUUGCGGGAUGAACCAGAGCAAUACUUAGAAAGAUAA